AUGAAUAACUCUAAAGAAGGAUUGUUUACUCUUCAGAGUGAACAACAACAACAACAUCAACCAUCAUCAGUAUUGAAAAAAAGAGUAUCUUUAUAUACUCCACCGACACCAUCAAACAUGUUUACUAGUAGAAGAUCAUCUGUUCAACCUACACCAUCUUCAUCAGUAUCAUCUUUAACCUCUUCUUCAUCAACAUCCUCCUCUUCUUUUUCACAUAUACCAAUCUAUCAAAAACUAAAUGCAAACUUGAAUACUAUACAAUCUCAAUCAACUACACCAACCAACAAUAACAAUAAUAAUAAUAUAAUGAAUCAAUUAAAUUCUAUACCUAUUACACCAAUAUCAAAAAAUCCAAUGAAUAACAACAAAAGUAUUGGUACCAAUACUGGUACAAUUAAAGAAGAGACAAUAACACCAAUAUCAAUGCCAAAAUCAAUUAGAAAGUCUGUUACAAUGUCUGCAGUAAAGACUAUUCAUUCUUAUCCAAAAUCACCAUCUAUUGCAUCGGCUGAAAAGACACCACUCUAUGAUGAUGAUGAUGCAGAUGAUAGUGCCCACAAUCUAUCAUCUGCAUCAUUCCUAAACUAUAGUACCAAUGAACGAAUGAAUGGUAUGGACGAAGACAUGAAUAAUGUUUCAGCUGAAUCAAUCUACUACUCCAACUCUACCGCAUCUACACCUGCUAGAAUAAGACAAAAGAGUCCAUUUAGAAAAAUUAAAGAUACAAUUUCUUAUCCAAUUGAUAAAUACUUUGAAUUACAUCAAGAAUUUAUUUUAUUUACAAAUUCCCCUUUAUUUAAAUUAAUAAUUUUUGGAUUUUGUGGAUUUUUAAAUUUCUUAUUAUUAUUGGUAUCAUUAGACUUUUUAAGUAAAAUGAUUUGUGGUACCUUGUUGUUAUUGGUUAGUGUAAUCAAUUGUUUGUUUUUCACAUAUUCAACAAAAACAGUUCAAUUAUUCCGUUAUAAAGGUAAAAUUGAUAAUCCAAAUAUGUAUGUUGAUUCAAUAACAACACCAUAUGGAUCAACAGAUAAUAUUGUUUUGAUUGAUGUUUGGAAUCCACAUUUUGUGAGUUCAACCAUUGUCACUUAUUUUUCACCUCUACAAGUUUUGAUUAUGAUCAUGUCUGGUCAAGAAUUGGAUAAAUUCAUCGUACUUUUGUUAAUAUCGAUUCUAUUGAUAUUUGGUAUUCACUUUAUACUCAAAAUGUAUGACCAAAAACUAAAAGAUGAAAAGGUUGUCUUUUCUCAAGUAUGUUCAGAAUAUAAUCAUUUUUACAAACCAACUCCUGUAACAAGAUCAAUUGGUGUUCAAGCUCCCUAUUAA